UAAACACCAUUCUUUAACUGCUCAGGUAAAUACAUGUAAAGACGCCGUCUGGGGUUCAGAAUACAAAUUGAUUGUUUUGUUAUAUUAUUUUUUUACGAGCGUGUCAAAGCAGUGAGAUUUUAUCAAUUGUCAAAGACCACGGGCAUACCGCGGUUCGCUGAUUGACACCAAUACGAGUAAAGUGACGGGAGAGGUCUCGCACAACCCGGCACCCAAAACUGAUAUAAGGACGCUGCCUCGGCUGAAUGCCACCACUGCUGAUGGGAGUUGCCUUCCGUUAGAAGAGCAGCAAAACAGAGACAAAAAUGCAUCUUGGAAUUCUCCUGAUGUUUUGCAUGGCCAUCGGUGGCUUGCUGGCUGCCGAUGUCCCUGCGAAGAAGAACGACGAAAGCGAAGUCCUUAACCUCGAUAAAUACGAACUGUUUCUGGCCGAAUUGGCCCAAUUUGUUCCUGCCGUGACCUUCAUCGGCAUCGGCUACGACUUGCUGAGAGCUAACCCGGACGGGGGCGAGAUUGACAACGCUGGCGUGGAUCCCGGAUUGAAGGUAACCAGUCGUGUCCUGGCCUACACCUUUAACGACGGCAACACAUCCCCCAGUGGUAUACCCAUCCCGGAUCAGAUCGAGUUCGUUCCCCGCCAAAGUUGCGUGCAGAAAUCCCAGAAACGAAUGUACACAGGAGGCAACAGCUACCAGAAUAAAUUCAGCAAGUCGGUCACCUCAACUUCUGGAAUAAGCAUCCCCGGAAUAUUUCAAUCAGCUUUUUCCAAAAGUGACCGGUUUUCGGAAGUCGAAGAGGGGGCCUUCAACUACGGGAAAGUCUACUACGAAAUCAACGAGAAUUGCAAUUACGGAGAAGCCCGGUACCUGUUGAGCCUGGCCUACGACGCACAAUUUCCGCUGAGAAACAGCUUCGUGGUCGAUUCGUGUAAACUGCCGAUCGCAUAUUCCGCUCAGGAAUACCACGAUCUGAUCGAGAAAUACGGGACGCACAUUGUUGUGAAGGUGCAUGUUGGAACUAGGGAGGUCACACGCUAUUCUGAGGACACAAGUGAUGUUGUGAAAUACGCCUCCACAACGGUCGGGGACAGUAUCUCCUCCUCUACUGGGCUGACCAUUAAGGGUGUGAGCUUGUCUGCUGGCUUAGAGAUGGACCAAGAAAAGUUCACAUCGUCUGGUCAAUCAGAAGGUGCCUUCACUCGCCAGGAUUACCAUUUCACAUUGGGCUCCGAGACAUCUCCAGAACCAAUCCUUGUCGACCUCUUUGAGUUACACCGCGUCUACCAUACGGAUUUCUGGACCUUAAGAGAUGAAUACGUGCAGACAUAUACAAGCUGCACCGAUGAUUGGAUGGACAACUUGGCUCAAAUCCAGGCCAACAUGCAGAACGCUUUGACGGAUCACCCCCAGUGGAUCAAUUCUAAGGUCCCCAUUGAUCCGGUCAUGAGGAUUCCGAUAACCUGGCCCGAAGGAACCUACGCCUUACCCGGGGCCACCGACGGUUCCUGUCCGCACGCGGCGGGAUUCCUCUUCCAGAAGGGCUUCCUGAGGCAAUACGGCCGUCCAAAUGUCCAGCCAAAUCCGCCAGAGGCAUCGAAAUGGCCAGGGGGGAUACUUCCGCCGCACAAGGACAACUGGAAACACAACUUCUGCUCCAAGACGGUAGCCGUAGCUGACACGUACCGCUGGGGAUGGCCUCAGGGGAAAUACUGCAUCUUCCAGAAGGGCGCGUGUCCCGCAGGCAUGGUUGGUGGAGGACGUCUCUUUUUUGAUUAUCGUACUUCGCCCGGUUGGAACAACAAAUUCGGCGAGCUUCCGGACCGGCCGGGGUAUAAAUUGGCGUUCUGCUGUAAAACUGACGGGGACCAUUGGACACCAAUAAGACUUCCUACUGAAGACCCAUUCUUCCUUCUGCGGCGCGGAGGUCGCUGCCAAGAGGUCGAGGGCAUGACAGUGCGGGAGCUGUCAUUUAGCUUCCGCAAUUACAACCAAGGAACAGCGGAGGGAACCGUCCCCGACAACGACAAAUCUGGGGAUAGAAUGAAGCUGAUCUACUGCUACUAUAAGCCCAACUGCUAGUCACUCAUUGGUGGUUUAACAGGCCCCGCCUUUGAUGACCUUUUUGCUGUCUCUGUCUUACAAACUAUUGAUAGUGGAGCUAUAUUGAAUUAAUCAACGGAUUCGAAUGUUUUUAAAUGUUGAUCAGUGUUAAUGCUUGGUAUCAAUUGUGCUUGUGCCUAUACUUGAUUCGAAAACAUAUUUGCGUUUCACAGCAUCAAAGAUUUGUUACAAAUACUGGAACAAGUAGGCAUCCAUGAAAACAUCCAAAACGCCCCCACGGCCUAAAUGUUGCAAACUCCGUUCAGGCGCUGGAAUUUAGUUUUGCUGAUAAAU